CACUCCUCCUGCGACGCGAAAUUGUUCCCGUUGCCACCGCAGCCGCCGUAAGUGAAGCGUCGACACGUCUUACUCGUCACAUCGUAGUAGAACCGCGGGAAGGCGGCGCGGCAGCGACCCACCUUCAUCGGCAGCCAACAGUGCGCUGGAAGAGCAAGGCAUCAUCAGAGCAACCCUCAAGUCCCCUCACUCGAGAAAGGCCCGAGAGCGUGUUGUUAUCUCAAACCCUCCACUGGUCCGACUGGUUGGACCGCGCUGAGCGAGCGCGUCUCUGACGUCACUCGUCAGAACCAGUCCGGCAGCGGCCCGCUCGAGCCGAGCCCUGAGGAACCGCGACGCUCCUGGGCCCAAGUUCUGACGAGCGCCGACGCCCCUCUAUUAAAUGUUGAGGAACAGAAACCCGAAGGGUCACUCACUGGUGUUGACCUCGCUCGACGGCGGGUUCGAGAAGGGGACGAUCUUCAGUCUCUGAUAAACCAGGAACCGCUCGCUGGGCUCCAGCAGGCAGCCGCGGAGCGGGCACCGGACCAGACCGCACCGAGGUGCUCCGCUGCCGGAGGGCGCCACCAGCGCCAGGUCGCAGUCGUCGGCGGAGCAGCAGAGGUCCCGGCAGCGACCCGGGUCGGUCUCGUUGGACCAACGCAGCUCCUGGGCCGGGCUCUGCGGGCUCAGGCCUUGUUUCGGCCCCAGGUCCGAGUUCCACCGACAGGUCCGAGCGGAACCCGUCCAGCCCGGCUCGCAGGCGACCAAGAGGCAGAUCAAAGACAGCAACACCCUCAUCUCUGCGGGUCAGAACCAGCAGACGACGCGGACCAGACUGGCGCAGUUCGAGAGGUCUCUCUCGAAAACUUCCGCGUCUGGUGUCGCAGUGAUGUUACCUGCGCAGGUGCGAGGCCACGCCUCCGCAGCGUCAUUGGCUCUGCGCCGACGGUGCAACCCGAUCCACGGACACGGGAUUUGGCUCAUAAAUGGCGGGAAUGGCGCGUCACGUGACCGGGCUCGGAGCUGAUGGCGUCCUGAUGGACAACGUUGGAGCGGAAAUGAGGCCCGGAGACGAGCCUGCGAGGAGCUGGUGAAGAUCACGACCACGUUUCCUCGGACGUCGAUCAGGCAGGUGCCGCCGAGACAUGGGCCGCAGGGGCCCCGAGGACCACAUCCGGAGCCGUCACAGGCUGACUCACAGAGGUUCCCCAAACACAAGGGGAAAAGGGUCAGAUGACCGUCAUCUGACGUGCCACUUCCCCUGUUCCGUCAUGUGACCUGGGAGUCUGGUUCCAUUGGGCGGAGACGUCGUCACGGCGAGUCCACUUCUUCACUCCAGCACCAGGCAGGUGGUGAUGAUGUGUGUGUCCCGGUGCCUCUACUGCGUGGGCCUUGCUCUCAUUCCUCUCGCCAUCAUCUCCAUCUUGUCCAACGUCCUGCUCCUGCUUCCUGAACUGACGGUCCACUUCCUGCUGGAGGGUCACGUCACCAGAGAGGCCACCUGGGCCACGGGGCUGUGGGGGUCGGGGGUCCUGGUCCUGGUGGUAGCUCGGUCCUUCAUCACCAGCAGCAGGACCCGAGGCUGCUGCACCUUCAGACGCCAGAUGUUCUGCCAGGUCCUGUACUCCGGCGUGUGUCUGGGGGUUUCGGGACUCUCUGGUCUGGUGAGCCUCACGGGUCUGGUCCGCGGUCCACGGUGUCUCUACAACAGCAGUUCCGGACCCACCUGGGGGGUUCCACUGAAGCCCAGGAUGGAUGGGACUGGCGUGUACCUCCACAACAGGAGCCUGUGGUCCCAGGUGUGUCUGCGGCCCAGCGGCGUGGUGCUGUGGAACCUGGUGCUGUUCAGCCUGAUGGCCGGCUGCUGCGCCCUGCAGCUGAUCCUCUGUGGACUCAACGUCCUCAACACACUGACGGGUCUGCUUCUGGGACCGGGAGCCGCUCGCCGUGAGCAGGAAGCGGCUCGCAGCUCUAAAAAAUAA